UGAAUCGCCGGUACCCACGGGUCGCGUUGCGUUUUCAGCGCGCUGAUACAACUUAACCACUUUCUCUGUCGCGCCGUCGUACCGCGGGUUUUGAAGGCGUCUUCGAAAUUAAGAUCCAACAAAGAGGUGCAUUCUUAAUGAUAUGACAAGAAUAAAGUUCACUUAUUUAACGAUGUACUAUUUAAGCAUACUGUUGCUUUAAUUUGAAGAACGGAUAAGGAAACAAAUAUAAUAAAUCCGACUUAGAAUUAGAUGUGUGAUGAGAUGAACGUGGAAAUAUUGAGACCGACUCGAGCUGUUACCAUGGAAACCGGGGGAUUACCUUUAGUUUCUACAUUCGCCCUUCUCACCAUAGUUGCAGGUCAGCUGCAGGGUUCGGGCUAUGGCGAGGCUGAACCAGAAUUUCUGUCCCCCCUUGAGAAUAUAACUGUCGCGCAAGGCAGGGAUGUGCAUUUCACGUGCACAGUAAAUCACCUCGGUAGCUACAAGGUGGCUUGGAUCAAAUCGGAUACAAAGACAAUAUUAGCAAUCCACACUCAUAUGGUAACACUUAAUCCACGGCUGUCAGUUACACAUAAUGGACACAAUACUUGGAAGUUGUACAUCAGUAACGUAGAGCCGAAGGACUCUGGUACUUACAUGUGCCAAAUAAACACUGAUCCCAUGAAGAGUCAGAUGGGCCAUCUAUCGGUCGUGAUCCCGCCGGACAUCGCGGACGAUGACGGCUCGGAGGCUGGUGCAACAGAAGGAGGUUCCGUAGAACUAAGAUGUACAGCGACCGGAGUUCCGGAACCAACAAUGUCGUGGAAAAGAUCCGGCGGAAGGAACAUAAUAUUCCGAGAUGACAGUGGAAAAGAAAUUAAGGUUGUAGAAAGCUACGUAGGUUCUACGUUAUCAUUGCGGGGCCUUAAGCGGACUGAUAUGGGUACAUAUCUCUGCAUAGCUGCAAACGGAAUUCCACCCACGAAGAGUCGAAGAUAUGAAGUUUCUGUGUUUUUCGAGCCGAUCGUGCGUGUUGCCAGCUUGGUUGUAUGGCGUGCCGCAGACAUGCAAGUCACACUCCAAUGCUACGUGGAAGCCUCCCCAAAAGCUCUGACAAUGUGGCAACGAGGGAAAUCACAAACAGGUGCAAAGCUGUUGAACAGUUCCAAGUACAUAAUAUCGGAAGAUUUCCUGAACGAGUAUGCUAUGAAAAUGAACCUGACGAUAAACCGCCUCAAAAGGAACGACUUCGGGGAAUAUACCUGCUCCGCAGCUAAUGCUUAUGGGAAGGCGAAUGUUACUAUAACGUUAAAAGAAACGCCGCAGAAGACGACAACCACGACCACGACGACGACCACGACCACUACAACGGAGAUGAUCACAACCACGGUCAUUUCUACCACGCGUUCGCCCAAACGACACUACAAGAAACAACCGGAUAGAAACAAGAACGCACUUGAUAUUGAACUGAUGCAUGGCAAUUCUAUAGGCGUUUACAAUUUUAACUCCCACGGAAAUAAUUCUCAUAACGAAUACGCUCAGAGAACGGAACGACAAAAAGUACGACCUUCGGGGCCACCACGACAUUACAUCGUAUAUAAUAAAGCAUCCCGAUAUGAAACAUCUAUUUCUGUACUGAUAAUAUUAGCGUUCUUGUAAACUAUAUUUUUAUAUAAUAGGUGAUAAAAAUGGCUGUUGAAUUAUUAGAUUAAAGGUUGUUGAAGACGAUUCUGUUUGUACAAUGUUGACAUUGUUGUGUAAAUCGUAACUGACAGUCUGUAUUGUAAGGUAGAUACCAGCUUUAAUUUAAGUAUAAUUUAAGUAAAAGACAAUAAAUACAAUACAUGUACGUCUCGAGUCCAAAGUACAUAUGCGAUUAGAUUCAAUAUCAAAAGGGCCAUAUCAACUUUUAUUGGAUAUUUUCAUAGCGAUUAACACGUUUUGUUUAAAACUAUUUCUGCAAUACGAUAUAUUUUGAUGUGAAUUUUGUAAUUACAAUUUAUGCAAAUUUUUAAACUUAGUACG